UCUGCAAAAUAAUGUUUGCAUAUAAAAAACCUACAUAAAUUUGAUUUGAUGAUAUAGUGGGGUUAUGUGAUCCUGCAAGUGGAUUGAAAAAUCAUCUCUAUUUUCCCUCAUCAGCAGUGUAAAGAAAUUAUUGAACCCUUAAAGUAGGGACAAUUAAUCUUUACAAAAAGUUAGUUAAUAACUGUGCUUAUCAGUAGCAAUAGCGGUGUCUUGAAAGAUCCUACACACUGAGACUGAGAGGAUGCAUGAACGACUCUGUUGGCAAAAGUUCAUUCCAUUUUUUUUUAAUGAGCUUUUUGUCUCGGAUCUUCAUUCAAUAGUCACUCUACAUGGAAUGAGAGGGUCUCAGAGAAAAUAACCUUUGGAGGCCAUAUGGCAAAACUAGAUGCAAUGGACCUCCAGGACACAACCGCAUGCAGCUAGGUAGCACCUGUUUCAUUUACAUGCAUGAAUCAGCGUCGAUUGUGGUACCAGUAAAAUGCCAGGCCCUAGAAAUACAACUUGCGGAGGUUGUAUCUAGUGGCAUAAAGCUAAAUGAUUGAUGGUCUUUUUUGGGGUCAGCUAGCGCAACUUGAAACUAAAACUGCCCCAUUAAUAAUGGGAAUGGAUAAGACCAUCCAAAACCAUGGUUAAAACCGUGUGAAUUGAUGGAUACCAACUGGCUUGAUCGGAAAUUGGACACUAUACACUCCAAUUUGAUAUUUAACUUUUGCAUCAGCUGUUUCAUAAGUCCACUUCCUUAUUUAGUUCUUUCUCGCUUCCACUUCCGCAAUUCAUAUUUUGGCUCAUUUCUUGGAGUUCAAUGGCAACCCCAACUGCUACUCCAGAGGAAUCCUCAGCUCUAGAGCUUAUUAGACAGCAUCUUUUUGGAGACUUCGCUUCCACUGACGUCUUUUUCAAUAAUCUUGAUUUCCAUAUCUCCACUCCCUCCCACUUUCUACAACCCAUCAAACUCGAGAACCACGAUUCUCUAUCCGCCUCAGAAUCCAACUCCCCUGUAUCUGUCCCCAUUCAAUCUACCCAUGAAACCUGCAAUUUCCAACCAAAAACUGAGCUCGUCGACUUAAAAUCUCCGGAGCCUCCUGGUUUGGUUAACCAUUCUCCACCACCAGAACCCAUGUCGGACCUCAAGUCCAUUGAUGAAGAAGAGAAGAGGCAGUACAGAGGUGUACGAAGAAGGCCUUGGGGCAAGUUUGCAGCGGAGAUCCGUGACCCGAACCGGAAGGGUACUCGGGUUUGGUUAGGGACCUUUGAUAGUGGUGUUGAUGCUGCAAAAGCUUAUGACUCUGCUGCAUUCAGAUUGAGGGGAAGAAAAGCCAUCCUGAAUUUUCCUUUGGAGGCUGGACUGGCUGAUCCGCCAGAGCAAACCGGCAGGAAGAGAAGGAAACUGAAGAGAGCGGAAGUGGCGACGGAUUCUGGUGAAUUGUCAUCGGCGAAUUGGAAUUUGGAUUGCGUUGAAGGGGAGGGAAUAUCUUAUGAGGAGCAACUGUCACCGUUAUCAGGAAAACCGGUUUUGCUAACGUGUUAAUACAUGAUUGGCUAAAGUUCAGCACUCGCCCCACGGUGAAGUACCUUGAGUUCCCUGGCUUGUGCACUGAUGCACACCAAUGCAAAAUGUACAAGGAAUAUGUGAAUUAUUAGUUUCAAUGUUUGGGUGUUUACUCGAUAACGUAGAAGUUUGUGAAAUAUGAAUAACUCAUUUUAGUGUCAA